AUGGAUACGCCCUGGAUCCAACUGCUGCAGCUCAUCUGGCUCUUCACCGAGAGCAACUUUUCCACUUUCGUCCUUCCUAAUUCGGCCUUCGGACUGCUCACAGGGCUUGCUGCUCCUUUGCUUACGGAUUGUCCCGAGCGUCCGGCUCUCUCACAACUCUUUCUGCGCGGUCUCGCAGUGAUUCUCUUCAACUGGGCCAAUGUCUUCGUAUUCGAUUUAGCGAACCAGCGUCUUCCCGAAUCGCAAUUGGAGGAUCGGCUGAACAAACCCUGGCGACCCCUGCCCACCGGACAGAUCAGCCCGGACACGACACGGCGGUGGAUGCUCGUUGCCAUUCCGCUCGUGCUGACCAUCAGUGCGGUACUCGGCGUGGCAACGCAGAGUGCUGGGAUCAUGAUCCUGACUUGGUUGUACAACGAUCUUCGUGGCGGCGAUGAGAUCGUCCGAGACGGCAUCAUUGCGUGCGGAUAUGCGCUCUAUCUGAGCAGCUCGCUGCGCAUUGUCUCUGGACUCGAUGUUCAGAUUACCCAGCAUGGCUACAUGUGGAUUGCUAUCAUGGGGGGCAUCAUCUUGACCACCAUGCAAGUUCAAGAUCUGAAGGAUCAAGUCGGUGACCGCACUCGAGGCCGGCAAACGCUUCCCCUGGUUCUGGGCGACAAGUUGUCGCGGGGCUCCAUCGUCUGUUUCAUAUUGUUCUGGAGCAUCUGCUGUUGUUACUUUUGGCACAUCCCACUGUGGGGAUAUGUGGUACCCCUGCUGACAGGGCUGGGCGUCUCUUUCCACGUGGCCAAGGGCACGAACGAUGCCAAAGCGUGGCGACUCUGGUGCAUGUGGCAAGUGGUCAUCUAUGGUAUUCCUGGCUGGGUGGCCGUAUCGGGCAACUACUGA